AUGGGUGUCAUUAAGAUAUAUCUGUUAUUAGUUCUAAGUCUCUUGCUCGAUGAUGUAACUUGCCAGCUUACUGGCAUAGCAUUAAACCCAGAUACAAUCUCGUUAAAAGAGAGACAGAAAGGUAGCUUAAAUCUGACGUUGGUCGAAGUGACCCCAGCUGGUACUAUCGUCAAUUGUGACAUUGUGAAUGUGGAUUCUCCACCAGCAACUGCUAUUACAGACUACCCUUUUCAACGAAGUUUUACAACUGUGUCAGCAAACAACAUCCAAUGGUAUGUGUUUUAUAAUGAGAAAAGUCCUCAAAAACUUGAUUAUGAUGUAUACAAUACUUACGAAGUGACAGUAGAAUGUGCUGGUAUCACUGGUAUAGAAUCAGAUAUUCUGACUAUUAAUAUAAUAGAGAAUCAAGCACCAAUCAUAACACAGGGUGGUGUACCUACAGCUGGGUUAAACAUGAGUACGGAUGCUAGUGCCAUAAUCAAGAAUGACCUACUCUAUACAGUAACAGCUAAUGAUCCUGAUGGUGAUCCCUUAACUUAUGAUUAUAAAACUACACCUCAAGUCAAUUAUUUUGAUAUAAAUCCAGUCACACAUGAAAUUUUAGCAGCUGUUGAUUUUCUUGCUGUAGCUGUGAGUCCUGUAACUAUAACAGUCAAUGUUAGUGAUGGGGAUAAAUCUAAACAACUUAUCAUAAGAGUCAUUGUCAAUGACCUUAAUUCGCGACCAGAAAUUACAAAUUUACCAGAAAGUAUAUCUAUACCUGAAAAUACUCCAGCUGGAACUCAGUUGAUAUUAUUAAAAUAUAAUGAUGUUGAUAGAGUUCAGAUAUUCAACCCUACCUGUACAGUCACUCCUGCUACUUCAGCUUCAGUAUUUACUCUAGGAAGCAGAAUCUAUGUAGCUGGUAAACCAGAUGGCACGAGCAGGUUGGACUACGAAUCUAUUAAAUCCUUCUCUAUAUCGUGUACUAUAUUUGAUGAUUAUUUGUAUUCUGAUGGUACUGAUAUAUUGACUGUUAAUAUCACUGAUAUAAAUGAACCACCAGUAUUUACUACACAACCUAAUCCUUGUCAACUUACUGAAUCACAGGCACGGGUAUCAACCUGUAAACUGGGUAUGGUAUUAAACGAUCCAGAAGGGGAUAGUUUCACUCUAUCUAUAGUAAAUAAUGCUGAAAGUCAACGAUUUCAAUUUACAUCACCAGAUGCUCAAUAUCUUACUUUCUCUGUGGAUUAUGAUGUGGACAAUGGUGCUAUGCCUAGCAGUGUUCAGGUUGAGAUUAAAGCUACAGACAGUGCCGGACAAUCGAGUUCCGCACAGAUCAUGGUCGCAAUCUUGGACAAGAACGACAAUUCUCCUGUGUUUUUGCCAAAUCAGGGCGUUGAUGUAACGCCUUCAACUACUGUUGGAACUGUUGGAAAAUUACAAGUUACAGAUAAUGACAGCGGUUCGAAUAGUGAGAUUGAGUUUGCUUUGUUGAAUAUUAACCCCUCUGUCUACUCAGAUUUCAUUUCCAUACUACCUUCUGGUCAAGUACACUACACCAAGAAAUUUCCAAGCUCAAUGCAAGACACUACAGCUAUACUUACAAUUCGAGCGACAGACAAAGGAUCUCCGCCACUAUCAUCAACUGGGGUCAUAAUAGUCCGCUUUCUAAGUGACGUUACCGUACCUGUUAGUAUACAAUCAUCAGCUACUGCGACUGGUGACCAACCUGGUUUAUCCCCUACUGCGUCUUCCAAGACACAAGAAACCUUCUUUGAUCAACCAACAAAUAUAGCUAUAGUUGUUGUUCUGGCCAUUGUGCUACUGAUAUUACUAUUGGUUGCGUUCUAUUUCUGUAUCAAAAGGAUGUUGCUUGGAUACUGCUGUGGACCAGGAAAAGAGUCGAGUGUUUAUCCAUCUUCUGACGAGUAUGGAUAUCAGAAUAAUUACCACCGACGGUACAAUAGUGGGUAUUAUAAAGAACCAUUAGGUUACCAAUCCAAGUACCCGAUAAGAGAUCGUAUUGAAUAUGAAUCUAAUUAUCCUGGAAGUCGACCUGUAUAUCAUAAAGAAUAUACUAGUUACAGUGAUGUUAUCAGAGACAAGCCACUGUAUGCUAGACAAACUUCCACUAUUAAAG